AUGUCCACCACGAAAGAUUUGGUGCUCAUCACUGGGGGCACUGGAUUUGUCGCUUCCCACUGUAUCAUCAAAUGCCUUGCAGCCGGAUACCGUGUCAGAACGACCGUUCGGUCACUGGCACGCAAAGACCAAGUUGAAGCAACGCUCCGCACCGGAGAUGCAGUCAACCUCGAUAAACUGUCAUUCGUCGAAGCCGAUCUUAACAAAGACGAUGGUUGGACCGAGGCCGUUCAGGACUGCAUUUAUGUCCUCCACAUCGCAUCUCCAUUCCCCGCUGGAACACCCAAAGACGAGAAUGAGUUGAUCAUCCCCGCCCGCGAAGGUACUCUACGUGUCCUACGCGCUGCCCGGGACGCGAAAGUUCAACGCAUCGUCGUCACGUCAUCUUUCGCAGCCAUCCAUGCUGGCCCUUCGAGAGAAGACCCCACCAAACCCUUCACAGAGGAAGAUUGGACUGAUGUCCAUGCACCCGGGGUGGGCCCCUACGACAAGAGCAAGACACUAGGCGAGCGUGCCGCGUGGGAGUUCAUCAAGAACGAAGGUGGCAGCCUUGAACUGUCCGUUGUCUGCCCUGUUGUGGUUAUGGGACCCGUUUUGGCGCCAGACACAUCCACGUCGAUUGAAAUCGUCAGCCGCCUGAUGAAUGGCAAAGUGCCGGGUUGUCCUAAUCUGGAGUUUGGGGUUGUGGACGUUCGCGACGUUGCCGAUUUGCAUAUUCUUGCCAUGACACACCUCAAGGCCAGAAAUGAGCGCUUUCUGGGCAUGGCGCCACCGACUUUGACGGUAAAAGAUAUGUCACUGGCUUUACGGCAGAGACUUGGGGAUAAAGCGAAGAAAUGUCCCACAUGGACUCUACCGAAUAUUGUUAUGAGGCUGCUGGGAUUUAUUGAUCCGGGUAUUGCCUUGGUGGUUCCUCAGCUGAGCCAGUCUUUUGCAGCAUCUAACGAGAAAGCCAAGAAUUUGCUGGGAUGGACACCACGAUCAAAUGUGGAUGCAGUGGUCGCUACAGCAGAAAGUCUUGUACACCUGGGUCUUGUGAAGGAAUGA